CUCCUGUCUCAGCCUCCCCAGUGCUGGGAUUACAGGUAGGGUCAGUUCUGAGUUGGUGGAUAUUGGUGGAUAUUUUGAGUGAAACCUGGAACUAAAUGGAGAAAUCAUCAGGGAACAACUUCUGAUAGAGUUUGCAAGGUAUCAGUGUAUGUAAUACGGAAUAUUCUAAACCCAGACCUAACUGAAUGAGGAGUGGGAUCAAACUCAGGACCUUGUGCUUGCCAGGCUACUUGCUGAAGGCUUUAUGUCAAGACAACAGUUUUACACCUUUGUGCUGAAUUAGAAAGGCUUGUGGAGAACCAGGGACAAAGAAAGGAAGCAACCUACUUCUUUGACUAUAUAAGUUUGACUUCCAAGACGGUGAUAAACAAUUGUUCCUUGGAUUGGGCAUUCCUCGUGUUGAGGACCGUAGCUCGUGAAGCUUCCAGAAGUGAGCUUGGACCCAUCACUGGUGCUCAUUUAUAUCUUGAACUGAAAGCAUGAGUGAAUUCUGGCUGUGUUUCAACUGCUGCAUUGCGGAGCAGCCUCAGCCUAAAAGGCGGCGACGAAUUGACCGCAGCAUGAUCGGAGAACCGACGAACUUUGUGCACACGGCUCAUGUCGGCUCAGGAGACCUGUUCAGUGGAGUGAACUCAGUGAGCUCCAUCCAGAGCCAGAUGCAGUCCAAGGGCGGCUACAGCGCGGGGAUGGCGGCCGGCUCGCAGGUGCAGCUCGUGGACACCACGGCGGGGUAGCGUCUGGCGUCAUCAUGAAUUUCGAUAUCUCCUCUGACCACUAGUCUUACCAUUUUGUUGUCUUGUGAUUGCAUUCUUUCAAUUUUAAUUACAAAAGAAGAAGCGUGAGGACGCAUUUCCCUUCCUCAAAACGACCCGGCCGGUCAGACUUGGCCUUCCGCCUUGAGGAUGCUGCCGUCGGCGCCCACGCAUCCCCCGCAGGCGGGCGGCACAGGGCCAGGCCUGCAGCGUCCAGGCGUCACCAGCGGGGCCUUGCCUUAGCAUGCUGUGCUCCGUGACUGCAGCCGCGGCCUGCAGCUCUCCCACCUUGCUCACCUCCUUCCUGCCUCCAGCCCUCCGCCUUACGCUUUCCCUGUUAGGCUGCGACCCCGUCAUUUGUUAACUUGGCACC